GUGUGUGUGUGUGUGUGUGUGUCAGACGGCUGGGAGCUGAUGGAGCGCUCUGAUGGAGACGAGUGUGUGCUGCCCGACACAGACUUCACGAUCGACGAGCAGCGCUCUCACACCAGCGGGAUGGAUCUGAUGGAUCGCCUCGUGUUCCUGGAGCAGCGCGUCCAGAUGCAGGACGAUGAGAUCCAGCUGCUGAGGAUAACCAUGACUGAUGUGCUGAAGAGACUCGACAUCUCAGAGGAGCUCAGGAGAACACCUGGUAAAGCAGCUCGUCCUGCUUCUCUGUGUCUGGCUCCUAAAGCCAUCAGCUCUUCUUCCUCAUCUCUGAGGAAGAGCUCCAGCUCCACGCUGCCCUCUCCAUCCUCCUCCAGGAACUACAGCCCAGCACCCGGCGCAAAGAGGGCUCCUGGUUCAAACACUAAAGACACUCAGAGCACUAAAGCAAAGACGAGCUCCUGCAGGAAACCACUGGAGAUCAAACCAAAGGAAACAAGUGCAGCAAAAACAGGCUCCAGACGAGUCACUCACUGUAAAGAUCUCUCUGACGCCGCGGUCAGGAAGGACUGGGUCAGCUGAGCCGGAGCCGGAGGUGUCCGUGUCGCUGAGGUCCACUGUGUGUCCGUCCACAGGAUCUGCAG